CUUAGGGGAUACAGACCAGCAAAGGCCAACAUUUCCCCCAAUUGGGUCAUCCAUUCCUUCUACCAGCAUCACUUCAGGGUAGAGACACAGGAAUUACUCAAGGACAUAUUUUAACAGAGAACAUACUCUACAUACUCCCAAGAUGAGUGAGCAGGAGGUCAUUUUCUCAACUGUGAGAUUUCAUAAGUCUUCAGGGCUGCAGAACCCGGUGAGACUUGCGGAGACCCAGGGGCCAAGAAAAGCUGGCCCCAGAGUGUGUUCAGUCCCCUGGAAACUCAUUAUGAUAGCUCUCGGAAUCCUCUUUUCCCUUCGACUGGUAAUUUUUACAAUGUUGGUGACAAACAUUUUUCAGUAUAGUCAAGAAAAACAUGAACUGCAGGAAUCUCUAAUCAACCUCCACCAUAACUGCAGCAUCAUGCAAAAUGACAUCGACUUAAAGGAAGAACUUCUGAGAAAUAAAUUUAUAGAGUGUAAUGCAGUCAAUGAAUUUCUGGAAUCCCUUAACAAAGAACAAAACAUAUGGUACAGCAAAACCAAGACUGUUUUAAAUUCCUCACACCACACAGGCAUCAAAGUUGAAGUACACUGGUUCUGCUAUGGAAUAAAUUGUUAUUAUUUCAUCAUGAACAGAAAAACAUGGGGUAGAUGUAAACAAACCUGCCAGAAUUCCAGCUUAUCCCUUCUGAAGAUAGAUGAUGAGCUUGAACUGAAGUUCCUUCAGCUCCAUGUUCCUUCAAACAGUUACUGGAUUGGAUUGUCAUAUGAUAAUAGGAAAAAUGAUUGGGCAUGGAUUGACAGUGGUCCGUCUAAACUGAAAGUCAAUUUUUCGCCUGGAGGAUGUGUAUUUUUAUCUAAAGCAAGACUAGAAAAUACUAACUGUGAUAAUUACUUCCCCUGCAUUUGUGGAAAAAGACUGGAUAAAUUUCCAGGUUAAUUCUCCAACAAGAGUAAAAGAACAUAGUCUGCUGUGCAAACAGACAUGAACCUGGAAUCUGACUUAAUAGAACGAAGACUAUUUUCCUUCCUGUUGGAGACAGGACACAUCUCCUCUUGUACAUGGACACGCUUUGCCCCAAGUCCUUGAGAAUUCUGAUCUUUCUGCUUUCUUAAACUAUGAUAAAACUAAAUAAUAAAUCCUAAUAAACAGCCUGAAAUUUCA